CCUUGUACGUUUCCUUCCCCUUCUUCUUCUCUCCCACGAGGUCAAACCAGAGAGAGAGAGAGAGAGAGAGAGAGAGAGAGAGAGAGAAGAGGAGAUAGAAGCCGCAGCCAAACGCUCCACCUCCAAUGCCGCGACGGCCACCGCUCCCGUCCAACGCCGCGCCGCCUCCUCUCCCCCUCAUCCUCGCGCGCGGGUCGUAGGGCUUCGCCGCGUACGUCGCGCGUUUCUGGUGGUGGGUAUAAGAGGAAGGGGAGAGUCGUCACAGGGAGGAGGGGGAGAAGGGGCGCGCGGCGGUGGCGAUGGAGGACGCGUGGAGGAAGGCGAAGAGGGCGCUGGGGCUCGGCCUGUGCGUGCACGUGCCCGAGGCGGAGGAGGGGGAGAGGGAGGACUGCUCGAGCGAGCGGCGGAGGCGGCUGCCGGCGGCGGCGAGCGGCGCGCGGUGCCGGGGCGAGGCCGCGGUGACGGUGGGGCCGGAGUCGGUGCCGGCGCCGUCGGACGUUCCGGUGCCGCUGCCGCUCCCCGGCGUGGUGCGGAGGUCCAAGUCGGGGAGCAGCCGAUCCUCCUCUAAGAGGAAAUGUGCAAUAUGCUUUGACUCCAUGCGGCAUGGGAAUGGUCAAGCCCUAUUCACAGCUGAAUGUUCUCAUAUGUUCCAUUUUCACUGCAUCUCAUCUAAUGUGAAACAUGGGAAUUAUUUCUGCCCAAUUUGUCGGGCAAAGUGGAAAGAGAUACCCUUCAAUCGAUCGCUAUCUUCUAACAUUCCGCAUGGAAGAAUUGGAGUUAGCCGAGCUCGAUUGACCCAACAAGAUGCCAAUAUGGCUCUUCUCCACCAAGUUCCAAACCAUCAUCAGCGAGUUCGUCGCCCACAUACUUCUGAGCCAGCAGACUUCAAUGAUGAUGAACCUUUGCAGCAGCCAGAAGUUUUUGACAAUCUUAAUGUUCGAUCUACUAAGACUGCAGAGAUAAACACAUAUCCAGAAUUCUCAACCAUACCGCAGUCCUCAUCUAAAGAUGAUUUUGCUAUUCUGAUCCAUCUGAAGGCUCCUAGUGCUAACCCAGACCAGGGCACAGGUAAAUUGGCGAAUGAAAGCUCAGCUGGAUCUUCAAGAAACCGUGCUCCGGUUGAUCUCGUUACUGUGCUUGAUGUUAGUGGCAGCAUGGCAGGCACCAAACUAGCGCUCCUAAAGCGAGCAAUGGGUUUUGUUGUUCAGCACCUUGGACCAAGCGAUCGUCUUUCUGUUAUUGCUUUCUCAUCUAGUGCCAGAAGACUGUUCCACCUUCAGCGAAUAUCACAUCAUGGCAGGCAGCAGGCAUUGCAGGCAAUUAACUCACUUGGUGCUAGCGGCGGUACAAACAUUGCUGAUGCACUGAAGAAAGCUAUGAAGGUGAUUGAAGACCGCAGUUACAAGAAUUCAGUGUGCAGCAUCAUUCUUCUGUCGGACGGCCAAGAUACAUACAACAUUUCCUCAAGUGUUCAGGGGGCUUCACCAGAUUACAAGUCACUUGUCCCAUCUUCCAUUAUAAAUGAUGCUCGCCAUACGGUGCCUCUUCAUGCCUUCGGAUUUGGAGCAGACCAUGACUCGGAUUCCUUGCACUCAAUUGCUCAAGCUUCUGGUGGCACCUUUUCCUUUAUCGAGGAUGAAGGUGUAAUGCAAGAUGCAUUUGCUCAAUGCAUUGGUGGGCUUCUUAGCAUUGUCAUCCAAGAGAUGCGAGUUAGCAUGGAAUGUGUUCAUCCUGGUGUUCAACUUUCUUCCAUCAAAUCUGGUAGCUACCCAAGUAAGGUGGCAAGAGAUGGACGAAACGGUUCCGUCGACAUUGGUCACCUGUAUGCUGAUGAGGAGAGAGACAUCUUACUGUCCGUGAACAUCCCACAAUCUCGUCAUCAGACCUCAGCACUGAAGGUUUCUUGUGCCUACAGAGAUCCGGUGACAGGUGAGACAAUCAAGAUUCAAGGUGACGAGGUGAAGAUCAACCGGCCGACAACAUCCAACAUAUCUGAGCAUGUGUCCAUUGAGGUUGACCGCGAGAGGAACCGCAUACAAGCUGCUGAAUCCAUAGAGUGUGCAAGGGCUGCUGCCGAGAAGGGUGCUCUCUCUGAGGCCGUGGCCAUUCUUGAGGAUUGCCGGAGGACACUGUCACAGUCAUUCGCAAGCCGGAGCGGUGACCGUCUGUCGCUGUCCCUCGACGCGGAGCUGCGAGAGAUGCAGGAGAGGAUGGCAAAUCGCCAGCUCUACGAGUCUUCAGGGAGGGCUUACAUGCUGUCCGGGCUGAGCUCACACUCGUGGCAGAGGGCAACAGCACGAGGUGACUCGACGGACAGCAGCACCGUCAUCUACUCCUACCAGACGCCAUCCAUGGUUGAGAUGCUACAGCACUCCCAGAACCAUCUCCCUUCGCCUCAGGGCCGGCAAAGGCCACGGCCCCGGUGAUCGGGCAAGCCCCCCGGUGACGGCGAGGUAGCUCACCGCCGGCUGAUCUUGGCAAUUUCCAAAAGCUCCGGCGAGGAGACCACGGUGAAGCACUCUGAAGCAUUCAUCGUGUUAAUUAGCUCUCGUAGUUGUUAGCUUGAUUGUUGGUACAUAGUACCUGCCGAUUCUUCUUGCUUAAUUAUUUGAUUUGAGGCUUUGAGCCGCAGUGGGUUAAGUUAUACCGAGGGUUGGCAACGAGUACUGAAUACAUUCUGAUGGGUGUACGUGCUCAUUUGGUGGUGUGAAGAACUAAUAAGAUUUGGGGAUAAAGAGGAUGAAAAUGUGGAUAGUUUGGUCUCCCAACUGUGUUACUGAAAACUGUUUUUAUUUUUUCAUCUGAUCAUAGGUUAUGUACAAAA